AUGGCUAACAUUCCCCAUGGUAAUGUUCUUAAAGAUGCGCAUGCUCGGGAUGCUCACAAGAAUGAAUCGUUACGAAUCGAAGCAGAAUCUUUGCCUUCGAUAGUAUUGACAGACCGUCAAUUAUGUGACUUGGAACUUAUCAUGAAUGGGGGAUUUUCUCCCUUGGAAGGAUUCAUGAACCAAGAUGAUUACUUAAGUGUCGUGCGUAACCUUCGGCUUAAAAAUGGGUGUCUAUGGUCAAUGCCUAUCACACUUGAUGUCACUGAAAAAGAUAUAAAAACUCUUGAUCUUGCACCAAGCAAACGCUUAGUAUUGCGUGAUUUUCGAGACGAUUCAACAUUAGCUAUUUUAACAAUUCAAGAUAUCUAUCAACCAGAUAAAGUUGAAGAAGCAAUAAAAGUUUUUGGCGACAAUGACGAAAUACAUCCUGGUGUCAACUAUCUUAAAAAUCAAGUAAAAGAAUAUUAUAUCGGUGGCAAUAUUGAAGCAAUUCAGGCACCAAUACAUUAUGAUUAUGUCGCACACCGAUAUACGCCUGCUGAACUUCGUGCUCAUUUCAAAAAACUUAAUUGGUCUCGCGUUGUCGCGUUUCAAACGCGAAACCCAAUGCAUCGUGCGCAUCGUGAACUAACUGUUAGGGCUGCAAGGAUUAGACAAGCGAAUGUUCUUAUUCACCCUGCAGUCGGCCUAACUAAACCUGGUGAUGUUGAUCAUUACACUAGAGUGCGUGUUUAUCAAGCCAUAAUGCCAAAAUAUCCCAAUGGAAUGGCAACAUUAAGUUUAUUGCCAUUGGCUAUGAGAAUGGGUGGUCCAAGAGAAGCCCUUUGGCAUGCUAUUAUUAGAAAAAAUUUUGGUGCUACACACUUUAUCAUUGGUAGAGAUCAUGCUGGUCCUGGAAAGAAUUCGAAAGGUAAAGAUUUUUACGGACCUUAUGAAGCACAGGAGCUCGUAGCAAAAUAUAAGGAUGAGCUAAAAAUUGAGGUUGUUCCAUUCCAAAUGAUGACUUAUAUUCCUGAUUCAGAUGAAUAUAUGGCGAUUGAUGAAGUACCAGAGGGUACACAGACAUUAAAUAUCUCAGGUACUGAGCUAAGAAGGCGUCUGAGAGCAGGAGCACAUAUACCUGAAUGGUUUUCAUAUCCUGAGGUGGUUAAAGUACUUCGAGACACGUUUCCACCGAAGUCAAAACAAGGUUUUACCUUGUUCUUAACGGGGUAUUAUAAUUCUGGCAAAGAUCCUAUUAGCCGAGCUUUGCAAGUUGUACUUAAUCAACAAGGUGGAAGAUCAGUUAGUUUGUUGUUGGGUGAAAUCGUACGCCAUGAACUUUCAUCCGAAUUGGGCUUUUCUCGAAAAGAUCGUGACAUAAAUAUUGCUCGUAUAGGGUUUGUAUCUGCAGAACUCACGAAAGCGGGUGCUGCAGUUAUUGCUGCCCCAAUUGCACCGUAUGCAGAAGCACGUAAUCAUGCAAGAUCACUAGUUGAAGCAUAUGGUGGCUUCUAUUUAAUUCAUGUUAAUACCCCCCUAGAAUAUUGUAUUCAAACUGAUAGAAAAGGAAUUUACAAGAAAGCACAAUCUGGUGAGAUUAAAGGGUUUACAGGCGUCGAUGAUCCUUAUGAAAAACCUACAGAUGCGGACAUUGUCGUUGAUCUAAGUAAACAAAAUGUAAACGAAAUUUGUCAUCAAAUUGUUCUAUUGCUCGAAAAGGAUGGCUAUAUUGGCGAAAGAUAA